AUGCUGCUUGGGUCGGUCGCUUGGGCGGUGAUUUGCUGCAUGGCGGCUGGUUGGGAGCCGGGGGAUUCGAGGGGCUGGGAGGUUGCGAAGAAAGGCUGCGAGAGGCCGACGAGGCGCGGUUGAGGGUCAAUACUGGAGCUCGCAUUGGAGUCGGCACGAGUCUGAAUAUGCCGCAGCGGGAUCUUCAACGUGAAAGUGCUCCCUUUGCCGACGGUAGACUGUAUGGACAUGGAGCCGUGCAUGAGCCCAGCCAGCUGCGAGCAAAUGCUCAAACCCAAACCAGUACCACCAUACUUCUUGCUCAACCCGAGGUCAGCUUGUACAAACGGCUCGAAGAUCUUGCUUUGCAUGUUCUCUGGUAUGCCGGGCCCAGAGUCCUGCACCUCAAAUUCGAAGUUGAGAUAUCGUCCAGGUGGCGGCGAAGGAGGUCGCUCGUUCAAGCUCACGAACGGCCUUUCUUUGAGGUUUGUGUGGUGGCCGGCGUCAGAGAUCGUGACCUCGGAGCCCUUGUGUCUGGAGGUCCGUUUCCUAGAGGGCCUCGAAUUCCGCGACUGCAGGGAGCUCCUACGCGACACUACGUCUGGAAGUUCGGGCAGACAUCUGAUUUUCAAGACGACAGUACCGCCAACAGGGGUGAAUUUGAGCGAGUUCGAGACCAAGUUGAUGACGACUUGCAGGAUUCGAUGGUUCCUUCAGGCCCAAAGUCGGAUGGCUCGGCGACUGUGCCUUCCUCGGACUUGUAG